AUGGAGAGAUCACCUCAGUCGAGCGCCUAUGGCCAGGCCUGCACCCACUGCUACAAGGCAAAGUGCCGCUGCGUACGGGCAAGAAGCGGCGAGACGUGCGAGCGGUGCCUGCGCCUCAAGAAGCGAUGCGAGCCGUCCGAGUCGGUUCGCAGGCGCAACCUUCACAAUGGCCACAACGCGCCGAUAACCAGCGUCUCUGACAGACGCAUCGCUCGCCUGGAAGACAAACUGGAGAACCUGCUGUCCGUGAUGCAGUCGUUCAUCGGUUCCACCACGGGCAAUAAUGUGAACACGGCGAAUGCUCCGUUGGUGACUCCGGCCAGCACUGCGCUGGACUUCAGCGAGGGACCGACUGCAACUGUCUCGCCCAACCCCGAUCCUGUAUACUUGUCGAAUCAGUAUCAGUCAACGCCUUCCCCAUCGUUGACCCAGAUAGACGACCAGCUGGAAUUCUUUCGGACUCGUAUGUUGCCUUCGUUUCCAUUUCUCGACCUGGGUCCUGCCAUGACAAGCGGCUAUCUACGCCAGCACAGGCCGUUCCUUCUGCGCGCCAUUCACACCGUUACGACGUUCUCGACCAAUGAGCGGCUGACGAAAAUCGAAGAAUUGAAACGUCUGUUAUUCUCAUCCGCGUGGUCCAACGUUGAUUCGAACAUCGACCUCCUUCUGGGAGUCCUCACGUACCUCGCCUGGAGCACCGAUCCCUUUCUUGGUGGUGCAGAUCUCGUCUCUCGCCUGAUGAUGCUCGCCAUUUCCUUGGUGUAUGACCUCCGACUUUUCAAGCCCUCCUCGCUCGACGUCCAGCUCAUCAUGGCCAUCACCCAAGGCCGCGCGGAUGAGAAUGGCCAUCUCCCAUCUGAAACGCCUUAUGCGUUGUUGGAGAAGCAGCGGGCGGUGCUGGCAUGUUUCUUCUUGAGCUCAAACGUCUCCUCACAUCUUGGGCGCCAAGACGCGCUCCGAUGGACACCGCAGAUGGGAGAAGCACUUCGGGUCAUUGAGAUCACCGAUGCAUGCCCUGCAGACAGGCUCUUCCUCUCCCAGAUCCGCCUGCAGCGAUUAAAACAACGAGCGGAUGAUAUCCGGCAACAGGAUGAGAGUAGCCUGGGGACGGAAAAUGAUGCGGCCUCGGCUCCUCGCCUGCUGUACCUCAGGACUUUGAGAAGGCAGCUCCACGAACUACGGGCUUCCGUUGCCCCCGAUUUGCAACAGAUCGACAUCCUGAACACACACGCUCAGUAUGUCGAGCUGUAUAUCAACCAAAUGGGGUACUCUAUCAGCCACGAGCCUCAAUCCCCGGAGGAAUUUGGCCGAGCUGGCACCGGCGGGGUACCAUUAGGAUUCCAACGCCUCGAGUGUUUAUGGCGAUCGGUUGAGAACAUCAAGGCAUGGCUGGACACCUUCUACACCAUUCCCAGCGCAAAGCUUAUUGGCCAGCCGUUUCACUUUUGGUCCCAAAUGAUUCUGACAGUCACCCUCCUCAAGUACCUCUCGACGCUUCGAGACCCCGACUGGGAUUGCCAGGCUGUGCGCAACACGGUCCACCUGAUCUCGACGCUGGACAGCAUGCUUCAGAAACUCGACGUCACCAGCAGAGAGCCGGAGCUCCAAUGCGAUGACCAUCUACUCAAAUACUUGACUAAACUCCUCGCCAGGUGCCGCGCGUGGGCGGAAGCGCGGUGGAAUGUAUCGUCUCAGACCCCUGAUGGUGGCCGCCACCAUAUUCCGGAUCUAGAUCAAAUGGCAUGGCUGCAGUCGAUGGAUCUUGGGGAUGACCAGUGGUUUGAGAAUGCACUGGGGAUGCCGGCGACCUUGUCCUGA